CAGACAUGAGCCCAGAGGAGGAGCCAGAGUAUCAGACACCGCCCACCUGCGAUCUGCUCAGCCUUCUGCUGAAGAACAGACGCCCCACUGGAGCUGUCAACGAGGUUUGGCCCAACCUCUACAUCGGAGACGCGGCUACAGCUCAGCAUAAAACCCUGUUAGUGGAUCUGGGAAUAACUCAUGUGGUGAAUGCUGCAGAUGGCCCCCAGCACAUUGACACUGGGCCACAUUUCUACAAAGACACCAACAUACAGUAUCAUGGAGUAGAGGCACCAGACUGUAAAGACUUUGACUUGAGCCCAUUCUUCACUGAGACGGCUGAUUUCAUUCAUGGUGCUCUGAGUCAGAAAGGUAAAGUGCUUGUCCACUGUGCACGAGGAAUCAGCCGCUCAGCAACUUUAGCACUGGCCUUCCUCAUGAUCAAAGAAAGACUUACCCUGGUUGAGGCGGUGGAGGCCAUUCGCAGACACAGAAACAUUCUUCCAAAUGUUGGAUUUCUGAAUCAGCUCUGUCGGUUGGACUCUUCCUUGGCCCUGCAGAGGAAACAACACAACAUCAAGGAGUGAAGAAAUAGAGCACUGUGGAGAGAAUUUGGAAGGUCACUGCAGUACAGUGCAGUUUAAGCGCAGAUUCAGUUGAAAGGUCUCACACUGUAUCACCUCCUAAAAAUAUUGUAACUGACAAGUACACGCAGGCAUGACUCAAGCAAGUUACAAGAGCCUGCUGAAGAGAAGAGCGCCGUCGACUCAAAACUUGAGAUUCACAAAAGAAAAAUGAGGAGUAUCAGGACUGGUGAUUAUUUUCAUGGCUGUCCUUGAAACAAAUUCACCUCAGAUUGAAACAGCUUUGAAGAGGAAAUGUUCAAAUGCGGUGUUAUUUUCAACAUUCAGAGCUUGAUUUGAUUUGAAAUUUGCUUUUGAGGACCUUUAUAUUUUACUGUAAAACACCUUGAGUUUACCUGUAUAUGAAAUGUGCUGUACAAAUAAUACUGACUUGAGAAUUUA